AUGCUACCAGUCUCUACAAUAACGCACAUUCUGUACGCUUUUGUCAAUAUCAAACCUUCAGGAGAAGUGUUCUCCGCCGACACAUAUGCGGAUUUGGAGAUGCAUUACUCAACUGAUUCCUGGGAAGACACAGGCAUCAACGUCUACGGAUGCGUAAAGCAACUUUUUAUCUUGAAAAAGAAAAAUCGAAAGCUCAGGGUCAUGUUAAGCAUUGGAGGUGCAACUUGGUCAACCCAAUUUGCCACUGUUGCUAGUAACCCACAGAGCCGAGAGCUCUUCGCCGAAUCUUCUGUGAUAUUGAUGAAAGACUGGGGGUUUGACGGCAUUGAUAUCGACUGGGAGUCUCCUCAGGACAAGGUGGAAGCUGCAAAUUUUCUUCUCUUGCUCCAAGCCGUGCGACGUCGCCUUGAUGCCUACGCUGCGGAGCAUGCCCCCUCGUACCAUUUUCAACUCAGCAUUGCGUCGUCCGCCGGAAGUGAAAAAUACAAGAGGCUUGACCUUAGGGCCAUAUCGGAUAUCGUCGACUGUUUUUAUCUCAUGGGAUACGAUUACUCCGGGGCAUGGAGUAAUGUUACCGGGCAUCAGGCAAAUCUUUAUCCUAGCACCUUAGAAGCACAGUCGACACCUUUCUCGACAGACGUUGCUGUCUCGGACUACGUAGCCGCGGGUGUGCCUAGUCACAAGAUCAUACUGGGUAUGCCGUUGUACGGUCGAAGCUUUUACAACACCACCGGCCUAGGCCAGCCGUUUUCAACGGUUGGGGCAGGAUCAUGGGAAGCUGGCGUGUGGGACUACAAGGUUUUACCACGACCUGGAGCCCAGGAGGUUUAUGAUGCGGCCGUAGGCUCAUCGUACAGCUGGGACUCCCGUACAAGAGAACUGAUCAGUUACGAUAGUCCAUCGUCAGUACGACACAAAGCUGCUUUCAUCAAAUCGAAGGGCUUGGGCGGAGCGAUGUUUUGGGAGGUCAGUGCAGACAGAACAGGCAACGCUAGUCUUGUCAAAACGAGCUAUGACUGUCUCACUAAAAACGGUGGCAUUGACUCGGAAGAAAAUCUGUUGGAUUAUGCCAACAGUCAAUACGCCAACCUCGCAGGCGGAAUAGUAACCGGUUCCGCGCGCGGUACAUAG